AUGAGAAGAUGGUUGGCGGGGCAGCACCCGAGUCUUGCCCAUAUCGACCCCAAGAAAAAGGCAAUGUGGCGGUGGGCAAAUGUCGAGGACUUGGACAACUUUCUAAAAGACGUUUAUACAUACUUCUUGGGAAACGGCAUUUGGUCAAUUUUGCUGAGCCGGACGCUGAAUCUUUUGACUUUUGCAUUCGUUGUAGGGUUUUCAACAUUCUUGACCAACUGCAUCGUCUACCAAAAUGUUCGAGGGAGUAAGACCCUGAACGAAAUCCUUGUACCCAAGUGUACUACAAAGAUGUCCGGGUCGUCCACCUUCCUAUUGUGGCUUUUCAGUUUCUUCUGGAUUGGAAAACUCUUCCAGUACCUUCUGGAUAUUCGCAGACUGAAACACAUGCAUGACUUUUACUACUAUCUGCUCGGGGUCUCCGAUGCGGAGGUUCAAACCAUCUCAUGGCAGGAAGUGGUGAGCCGGCUGAUGGCGCUUAGAGACUCCAACCCGGCCACUGCGGCCGCGGUCUCUGCUAAGCACCGAAGAUUUUUGGGAAGUCAGUCAAAGCAACGAAUGGAUGCCCAUGACAUUGCCAACCGGUUGAUGCGCAAGGAAAACUACAUGAUUGCCUUGGUCAACAAAGAUAUUUUGGACCUCACGUUGCCAGUCCCGUUCCUCAAGAAUCGACAACUAUUUUCUCGCACUCUGGAAUGGAACCUCAACCUGUGCAUCAUGGACUAUGUUUUCAAUGAACAAGGCCAGCUGCGGACCCUAUUCCUCAAAGAUACCCAUCGAAGAGCGUUAAGUGACGGCCUGCGUCGGCGCUUCAUCUUUGCAGGCGUCAUGAAUAUUUUCGUUGCACCGUUUAUCGUCGUCUACUUUUUGAUGCAUUACUUUUUCCGCUACUUCAACGAGUUCAAGAAGAACCCGGCUCAAAUAGGAUCGCGCCAAUACACUCCCCUGGCCGAGUGGAAGUUUCGCGAAUUCAACGAGCUUUGGCAUUUGUUUGAGCGCCGGAUCAAUAUGUCCUACCCCUUUGCAAGUCGCUACGUCGAUCAAUUCCCCAAAGACAAAACUAUCCAGGCUGCACGCUUUGUUGCCUUUAUCUCUGGUGCACUUGCCUCAGUACUGGCGCUCGCUUCGGUGGUGGAUCCUGAGCUUUUUCUUGGGUUUGAGAUCACCCACGAUAGAACGGUCUUGUUCUAUCUCGGUGUCUUUGGAACUGUUUGGGCUUUCGCGCGAGGACUGGCACCUGAAGAGACCGAUGUUUUUGACCCUGAAUUUGCCUUGCUAGAGCUGAUUGAUUUCACUCAUUACUUUCCCGCCGGUUGGAAAGGGCGGCUGCAUAGUGAUGAUGUGCGCAAAGAUUUCGCGAUCCUAUACCAAAUGAAGAUCGUGAUUUUCUUGGAAGAAAUCCUGAGCAUGAUUUUCACGCCUUUCGUGCUAUGGUUCAGUUUGCCCAAGUGCAGCGACCGGCUGAUCGAUUUCUUCCGGGAGUUCACCGUCCACGUUGAUGGGGUGGGUUACCUCUGUUCCUUCGCCGUCUUCGACUUCAAGAAAGGCACAAAUGUCAUGUCGCAAGGUGGGCCCGGCCGGCGAGACCCUGGCGGGCAGGACCUGCGCGCGGAUUACUUCUCGACCAAGGACGGCAAGAUGCUGGCUUCGUACUAUGGCUUUUUGGAUCAUUACGGUGCCAACCAUCAGCCCUCUGGUCGGCGGCCAUUCCAUCCACCUCCGACCUUACCCACUCUCGGCUCCCCCUCCGCAAUGGAGCUGGGCGCUCAGCCCGAUCGAGCCGACUAUCUUUCCACAAGGCCAGGAGCCACAGCCGGAGGACCAUUCGGCCCCAUUUCAAUAGUGGGUGCGUCCCGCCUUAGGCCAACUGCGGGUGAUCACCGCUCCCCUGCUCCGUCGAUGCUUCUCGACCCGCAUCACCAGCCGUCGACAUCUGGGUUCCGUCCUGCGGCGCGUUUCGCCCCCUACCAACGCUCUCGACUCUCGCGUUCCCAGCAUCCGCACAAUGAUCCCAUUGACGACGAGGAGCCACGCUCGCAGGGGGCCCACGACUCGGCGACACGGCCAGCAGCCCCUGCGGGGACUUCCAGUGGCGGCGUAGGGACCAGCGAAAGCAACCUGGGUGAUUCAUGGCGCAUGAACUCCCUUGGCAGGGAUGGCAAUGAUACAGACGGCGAUGAGGGUGAGAAUUUGGAUGCUAUUGCCGGCGGAGCAGGAGUGCUCGGUUUGAUCCAGCAAUUCCAAAAGGCCAACACAGAUGGUCGACGGACGGCGGUGGGAAUCUAA